CGAAAACAAAACUUCGUGCUUCGUGUUCCUUUCUUGUCUGUCAAAAUUUAUUGUUGUAUUAUAUUAUUGAAAUUCCAAUUACAAUUUCAGUGCUAGCAUUAUUUUGUAAUAUAAUAGAAUUCGUUAAAUUGUGAUAAUGGAUGACAAUAAAGACUUGGAACCUUUAGAACCUUCGUUACGGAAUGUGAUAGAACAAAAGUCUUUGAAAUGGAUAUUCGUCGGAGGAAAAGGCGGAGUUGGUAAAACGACAUGCAGUUGCAGUCUAGCAGUUCAACUAUCUAAAGUGAGAGAAUCUGUUUUAAUUAUUUCUACAGAUCCUGCUCAUAAUAUAUCUGAUGCAUUUGAUCAGAAGUUUUCAAAGGUCCCAACCAAAGUGAAGGGUUUUGACAAUCUGUUUGCUAUGGAAAUUGAUCCGAAUGUAGGCCUGACUGAGCUUCCGGAGGAGUAUUUUGAAGGUGAAACAGAGGCAAUGAGGCUUGGCAAGGGUGUCAUGCAAGAAAUUGUCGGAGCAUUCCCUGGCAUUGAUGAGGCUAUGAGUUAUGCUGAGGUAAUGAAACUUGUGAAAGGCAUGAACUUCAGUGCAGUUGUAUUUGACACAGCUCCAACUGGACACACACUUCGUUUACUCUCAUUUCCACAAGUGGUUGAGAAAGGACUCGGUAAACUCAUGCGCUUAAAAUCAAAGGUAGCACCAUUCAUAAAUCAAAUGGCAACAUUAUUUGGUCUCGCAGAGCUCAAUUCUGACAUCUUCAGUAAUAAAAUGGAUGAAAUGCUCUCCGUGAUUAGGCAAGUAAACGCCCAGUUCAAGGAUCCCAAUCAGACCACUUUUGUAUGUGUGUGCAUAGCAGAAUUUUUAUCGCUAUACGAGACUGAACGUUUAGUACAAGAGCUCACUCGAUGCGGUAUCGACACACACAACAUUAUUGUAAAUCAGCUGUUAUUACAUACCUCAGCCCCGUGUGAGCUUUGUGCAGCAAGGCACAAUGUACAAGAGAAGUAUCUAGAACAAAUUGCCGACUUGUAUGAAGAUUUCCAUGUAACGAAAUUGCCGCUGCUAGAUAAAGAAGUACGUGGGGCGUCAGCUGUUAAUGCAUUUUCUGAAUAUUUAGUCAAACCCUACGUACCGCCGACGUCUGCUACGUGAAUUUUUUUGUUUACAUUUCAAUGAGAUCUAAAUUCAAUGAAUGUAAUAUCUUCAUUACUUACGUUCUCUGUAUAAAAAAUAAUGUAAUUGGGAAGGUUAUAUUUAGUAAAAGGUGCUAUUGGUCUCAUGUGUGUAAAUUUUGCGACCAAUAUUUCCGUGUCUCUCGUUAACGAAACAGAUAAAUUAACCAAAUCUGUCUACUGUAUAGUGUUCUAAACAAUAAAUGUAAUAUAUGUGAU